AUGGCCGAGGAAUACUACUAUGAUGAGGACACCGAGACCGCAAUGGAGAAGGUCAAGAGACUCUUCCGCGAGAACAAGGUCGUCGCCUCAGGCAAUUACGGAGUCAGGACAGGACGCCGCGAGUUUGCCCAGCACAUGUUCAGGGCCCGUGUCGGCUUCCAAUUCUUUACCCUCGCUGCCCUUCUCGGUGGAGGCAUGUUCUACGACAAGAAGCGCAAGGAUGAGCGACUUGCUAUCGAGCAGGACCGCAUGGUUGCAUUGGACCAGCACCAGCAGGAGAACAGCGUGUAA